AUGUCUCCCUACUGUCUCCUCCUAUCCGUGCUGCUAGCUGCAGCGCUGCAGUGUGAGCAUGCCCAGAGCAGACGUGUGACAUGCUUCGACCGCUGCUGCUCCUUCAUAGAGGGCUUCCCCGUCAGACUGAAGGAACUCCGCAUCGCCUUCUCCACCAUCAGAGACUACUACGAGGCUAAUGACGAGCUGGAGACAUCCCUGCUGGACGAAGGGAUUCUACACCACUUGAAGAGCCCGGUGGGAUGUCACGCUAUGGACAGCAUUCUGAAGUUCUAUCUCGACACGGUGUUGCCCACCGCCAUGAACAACAGGACACAGAACAACAACGACUUUAAAUCUCCCAUCGACUCCAUCGGAAACAUCUUCCACGAGCUGAAGAAAGAUAUCGUCCAAUGCAGGAACUACUUCUCCUGUAAGAAACCGUUUGACAUCAACGAGUUCAUCUCCUCGUAUAAGAAGAUGCAGGAUAAGGGCCUGUAUAAGGCAAUGGGAGAGCUGGACCUACUCUUCAACUACAUCGAGGAGUACCUGGUCUCUAAGAGACGCAAACACUGACCCCUGACCCUGACCCUGAACCAAUCAGAAUUUGCCAGUAGCUAACCCUAACCUCUAAUAACCUCCGAAGCCCAAACAUCUGGGAUUGUGUCUUUGUGGAAGACCAUGAGACUAAAGUGUAUGGGUCCUGAGGACCUUCUCUCUACGUUAGUCUUUUAGUCUUACUUUUUAGUUCUGAAAGAACACCUUCAAGAAUUAUUUCUGAGGACUUCAUUAUUAUAAUAUAUGGCAUUUACCUUUUAUCCAAAGUGACUGAGAGUACUGCUUUCAUACAUUUUUGUAUGGGUGGUGGCGCCAGUGGGGAGCGAACCCAUGUUCCUGACCUUGGCUGAGCUUGCAAGCGCCACGCUCUACCAACUAAGCCACAAAGGACUUUUUCUUUAAAGUCCCUGAAACCACAUUUAGUCUCAGGUUAAUCAAACGUUUAUUACCGAGUCAUAUUGACUGAAACGUUCUGCUUUAAAGUUUUGCAUCAAAUUUGUAGCAUUUUUUAUUUUAAUUUUUUUAGGAUUGACUUUCUGCACCUCCUUCCUACCCCUAUAGUCAUGACGUUAAACUAGCCACCAUGUGGAGUAAGGAUUAUGUGUUACUAUAAAUGUGUAAAAACCAGUGAGAAGGGAAAUCUAGGCUUCACAUUUACCAGUGUGACAGAGAAUGUACAUUCCCCUUUAACAUGUUUUAAUAUGUGAUCAUUGACUGAUCUGUAAUAAUGACUGUACUACACAUGACCAUGUUUACAACGUAUUGCAACAUUUAGCUAUAGCUUACAGUAUAUUUACUACCAAUAUCAGUAUUGAUUUCAAUUAAAACCUACAGUGAAUCUAAGUGGAAUAUUGCACCACAAUGUUUAUUAGUGUGGCUUGUGAAAAAAAAGUGUGGCUAUACGAAUGAAUUCUGACAUUAUUAUUUCGGACAACUUUUUUUAAACUAUUUAUACUUUUUAAACUAUUAAACUUGUAUUGAACUUAUUAAAACUUCAUCCACUUUUGUGGGAUUUCCUCGAAAUUCUAAAGCUUCCAUUUUUGAAAACUCCCAACAUUCUAUUCACAAUAAACAAUGUAACUUUGAACAUAAAUCAGCUACUUUGACCACUUUCCAACAACAUUGACAAUAACUUAGAGAGAAAAAGCCCAGAAUGUGCAAAGCUGUCAUCGAGGCAAAGGAUGGCUACUUUGAAGAAUCUCAAAUGUAAAAUAUAUUUGUAUUUAUUUAACACUUUUUUGGUUACUACAUGAUUCCGUAUGUGUUUAUUCAUAGUUUUGAUGUCUUUACUAUUAUUCUACAAUGUAGAAAAUAGUCAAAAUAAAGAAAAACUCUUGAUUGAGUAGGUGUGUCCAAACUUUUGACUGGUACUGUAGGAGUGCCUAAAUAUUUGUGAGGUAGAGUGUAUGUUUUGUUUAACCUUCAUUUAGCCAGGUUAGUCUUGUUGAGAUAAAAAUCAACCUUUCCAUAUCUCCUUUUUUAAGAGAUUUUUACCAAUGUUUUUUUUUUAGCUACAAUGUUUUUGUAUUUAUUUAUGAUUUUUUUACUUUCUCUGCCCCUGCAGUUUUAAAAUAUAAUCUUCUACUUUGGAAUCGUUUUUUUUUAUACCUCAAUUCUUUUUUUUAAACUUUAAAAUGUAAAUCCUUUUAAGUGUAGAUGACCAGUUCCACAUGCUGCUGUAAAUGCUGCAUCGACGACACAAUAAAUCUUCUGAAUCUGA